AUGGAGAAUGGACAGAAAAGGCAGCUUUCUGGGGACGCCCUACCAUAUAAUGGAAUUCCAUCUAUAAAUAUAUCACAAGGCGCGGAUCCGAAUGGAGGACAGCCCGCGCAUAACAAUAACGGAACGUACUAUGGUGGUGCUACGUACGACCCGCAAAGAUUCGACCCAUACUACAAUACUCAGCAGAGCUCUGCCAUCCAAGGCUCAUUACCGCACACCCAGAAUCCAUAUUCAUCAGGAAAUCAACCAUCGACAGCGUUCGGCGCAUUCAACCUUCCAUUGUGGAACCCAGCGGAUGCGAAUCUAAAUAAUUCUUCAACCGAAAUACCCAGCAUGCCUUUUAUGAAUCCGCAAUUCUUCAUGAACAAUACACAGUCAUUCCCCAUGAUGCCGUUCAACUCCAUGUUCCCUUUCCCUGGCGCGCAGCCAAUGAGUACAUUAGCCGGAGCCUCGGGACAAACGCCAGAUUUACUUGCACCAGACCCUCAAAGACAAAGAUCGAAGACUCCCCCAAUGACAAUACCUACGGCGAGUGAAGCAUACAUGCAUCGAGCCUUACAACCGCCACUAAGAACACCGAAACGGCCGUUAUUAAUCAUUCUCGACUUAAACGGCACUCUGAUCUUCAGAAAACAUCGCAAGUUCCCACCGGUUUUCGCUGAACGCCACGGGCUAAGAGAAUUUCUCGAAGAACUAUGUAGAAAACAUUCCGUCAUGAUCUGGACAAGCUCGAAACCUCAAACUCUCAACGCUAUUGCUAAGACUCUAUUCCCUACAACGAGCAAAAAGGAAUCAAAGCUUGUCGCCUGUUGGGGCCGUGAUAAGUUCGGUCUUACCCAAAGGCAAUAUAAUGCGAAAUUGCAGGUAUACAAGGAGCUUAAAAAAGUGUGGGACACUCCUGAAAUUCAGGAGGCAUACCCAGGCAAUGGGGGUAAAUCGAAAGGAGGCACUGGUGGCAAAUUUUCCAAGAAGCAGAAGCAGAAGCAGAACAAGAGGCAACCUUACUACCCUGAAGGUCAACGAUGGGAUCAAACGAAUACCAUCCUUAUCGACGACAGCAAGAUCAAAGCUCUCAGUGAGCCUUACAAUAUCCUUGAAAUUCCAGAGUUUACCAACAACCCUAAUGUUGAUGAAACAAUGCUUUUUCGAAGAGUUCUGGAUAGACUCGAUGCACUGUCUCAUCAUGACGAUGUCAGUAAGGUAUUCCGAGUAUGGGAGGAGCGCCAGACAACGCAAAAUUGCAAAGUCUUAGAUCUAGAUAUCAAUUCAGAGAUGCCAGAAGGCCUGGAAGAUGACAUUGAUGUAUCGGAAGACGGUGGAGCUAAGCUUCCGUCUACAUCCACAAACCUCGCUCAAGGCGAGGCAUCUGGUGCUUCACAGAAAGGUCAGCCCCAAUUUCGCAGCGAUGCAGAAAAGAAAGCCGCCAAGAAAGCCAAAAAGGCAGAAAAGAAGGCAAAUAAGAGAGAAAAGAAGGCCCUGGAAGACGCCGCCAAAGCCAACGCCGGAUCAAUACCGCAGGGCUCUGCUCCAGCAGUCGCUCCCACGGCUUCCAUCGGUGGUACACCCGACGCUCUACCGUCUGCAUCUGCAGCUACAGCAGUCGCGCAGUCAUCCAAUCCUCCAUCUCAAGCAUUGCCCAAACUAAGCCGCAACGAGGCCCGUAAAGCGGCUAAACAGCGCAAGAAGGCAGAACGCGAGCAGAUGAAACAGCAAGAGAUAUUGAAAGAGCUCGAUCCGAACGUAUCCACGACGCUCGAUAACCCGGAAGCACCACGAUACAGCGUCAGAUCUAAAGGACUAAUUCCAUCUGUUUCCGAUCCAGUGCCAGUGGAUGCAACAAGCCUUGGCGACCCUUCUACUGCUGCUGCGGCUGCUAUGGACCCUCUGAAUGUAUCAUCUUCAAGUGUCGCUGUUACGAAUCCAGAUUUCUCUAACGCUUUACAUUCAGCCGAACAAUCACCAGGCUUCCAAUUCAAUCCUCGUCAACGGUCGUUUUCCCCGGCUAGAUCUGAUGUAUCGAGAAAUUCGAUGCUAGAUCGUUUGGAGGAGGGACUUGGGCUUAAGAAGUGA